GUGACCUGUCCUGCCUUAGAAAUGCCUGCUCAUGGUGCUGUGAACUGCUCCCAUCCCUCUGUAGAGCUCACCUGGGGUACCACCUGUGAGUUCACCUGUGAGGAAGGAUUUGCCCUGACAGGACCAGCCACACUGCAGUGUGGGUCUUCUGGGGCCUGGGACAGGCAGCAGCCAUCCUGUGCAGCUGUGAGGUGUGAGGCUGUAACCUGGCCAGAAGGUGGCUUUGUGACCUGUGACCACGUUCCUGCAGCUCUCACCUAUGGCUCACGUUGUGAUUUCCACUGCAGCGAGGGCUACGUUCUCGAUGGCCCAUCCAGCAUUGAGUGCAUGGCACAGGGACAGUGGUCAGAGCCAGUGCCAAAAUGCGAAGUUGUACAGUGUGAACCACUCACCUCUCCUGAGAAAGGCUCUAUGGAUUGCUCACAUGGUGCUGGGAACUUCACGUACAACACAGCCUGCCACUUCAGCUGUCUGGAAGGAUGGAGGCUCAAUGGUUCUCAUGUUCUUGAGUGCAGUCAUUCAGGAAACUGGAGUGCUAGUCCACCCACAUGUGAAGCUUCUGAACAAGUCAGCUAUGUCUCUGUGGGCAUAGCAGCCACAAGUGCCUCUCUGUUGUCCACGGCAUCGUUCCUCCUUUGGCUUGCAAGACGUUUCCAAAGAAAAGCAAAGAAAUUUACUCCUUCCAGUAGCUGCCAGAGCCUAACCAUCGAAGGUAGCUUCCAAAGUGCUGGCCAGAAUGUCUAA